AUGAGUGUUGACGCGAAUAUGGCCCCGCCCUCGCUUGGCCUUGUCAGGUGCCAGGAGCCCCGUCAGGUGCCAGGAGCCCCGUCAGGUGCCAGGAGCCCCGUCAGGUGCCAGGAGUCCUGUCAGGUGCCCGUCAGGUGCCAGGAGCCCCGUCAGGCAUGUGGAGGCAACGCCACGUGCAUCAAGGAUAGUGCUGGGGUGGCGUCCUGUGUUUGUCGUGCUGGCUUCGUGCUGCAGGCUGACAAGAAGACGUGCACAGACACGUGUGUGCUCAAGAGGUGUGGGGGUAACGCCAAGUGUGUGAAGAGCGCUGCAGGAGUGGCGUUCUGUGCGUGUGACACUGGCUUCGUGCUGCAGCCUGAUGGCGUCACGUGCACCGACGCAUGUGCACUCAAGGCGUGUGGUGUAAAUGGCACAUGCAUCAAGGAUGGCACUACUGGAGUGGCGUCCUGUGUGUGUGACACUGGCUUCGUGCUGCAGCCUGAUGGCAUCACAUGCACCGAUACCUGUGCCAUCAAGGGCUGCAAUGCUGCGGUUACCGAUUGCGUGAAGGACGCUGCAGGCGCCGCCUCCUGUGUUUGCAAGACGGGUUACCAGAACGUGUCGGGCACGUGCAUGGGGCCUGCCUCGUGUGGGGUAUGCCCUGCAGGAGCCACCUGCACAGUGGUGCCGUACACCAAAGCCGCCUAUUGCGCCUGCCCUCCUGGUUAUGGCAUGACCGCUGCUGGCUGCGUGCUCGGCGCCACUCCCACUGUCUCCUCUGCAAGCUUCACCUAUUACACGCUCCCAAGCUUCGGCAUAACACCCGCCGCCUACACCAUGCGCCUCGCCUACAAUGGCUGCACCAACCUCACAGCUGCCUCCGCGCCCAGCAUCCAGUCAUACUGCAAUGUGGAACGGGCGCCUGGAGGGGUGGGCGAUUGCACUGAGAUCCGCCAGUACUACCAGCCGGGGUGUGUUGGAGCGUACAGCCUGUUCCCUGUCACGCCAGGGACCGGCAUGAGCACUGGGAGUAUUCCCAACUAUCGCGGGUAUCCUUUCCGCUCCUUCGCCUGCUCUAUCACUGGUGGGUGUUCCUGUGUUGCUGGGUGUUCCUGUGUUGGUGGGUGUUCCUGUGCUGGUGAGUGCUCUUGUGUUGAGAAAUGCGCGCCCAACACGUGUGGUGGGAACAGCACGUGCGUGCAGGACAGUGUGGGAGUGGCCUUCUGUGCUUGUAAUGCUGGAUUCCUUCUGCAGGGCGACGGCAAAACGUGCACUGGUAUGUGCAUCUGUUGCACCGGAAAUGCUAAUCAGAUGAAGUACAGGGAGAGCCCCUAG